UCCCGGGCCGACACGAUGGACAAACGUAUGCCCCAGGUGGUGGAGGACUUGGACGUCUUGCUGCGGAGGCUACGCCCCCACUUCGCCGACGAUCCCGACGCCCUCAAGAAGUGGGAAGAGUAUGAGAAAGAUGUCCGUUAUGCGUUUACGCAUAGCCUCCGUGGCACCCUCAUUUCGCCUGUGUGCAUCCCGAACUCCGUUGCAUGCGAGCAGCUGAUGCAGAGGAAGGCCUGGUCAAGGACCGUUGCUGGCAGGGUAUCUGGGGGGCUGGAAAAGCUUAAACAGGCAGCCACAGUGCCUUCACCAAGGAACAAGAGAACAAUUAGAGUCGGGGCAAUCGUUGCCGGUGUCGCCGCCGCGUUUGCUCUCGGGCUUGCCCUCGGACGAACUCAACUCCAUGGAAGCAGGACCAAUCAAAUGGGAACCUAGCUAGCGCCAACACUGCUGGUUCUCUGAAGUUCAUAUUCCCGCGCUUAUUCAGUUAGUCAUAUUCCCCACGAUAUAGGAACAAAUUCAGUUAGCCAUUUUCCCGCAAAAAAGAGAGAGAUUCAG